CUGCAAGCCGUGAAUGUAUCAAGGAUGGUGUAUCUCCAGCCAGAUCUGCUACUGGCCUCCAGGGAAGAUGCCCUUGUUAUGACCCCUUGGCUGGCUCCCAUCGUGUGGGAGGGGACCUUCAAUAUCGAGAUACUCAAUGAGCAGUUCUGGCUCCAGAAUGCCACCAUUGGAUUAACCGUGUUUGCCCUUGAAAAAUACGUGGAGUCCCUGACGCUGUUCCUAGAGACCGCAGAGGCAUACUUCAUGGUGGGGCACAGGAUAAAGUACUACGUCUUCACCGACCAACCAGAUGAUGUUCCGCUCAUCAGGCUCCGGGAGGGAAGGCAGAUGGUCAUCACUGAGAUCCAGAGCCAUGCCCAUCGCAUGCAGGUGAUCAGCAACUUUUCCCAGGAGCGCUUCCUCGGGGAGGUGGAUUACCUCGUGUGCACGGACGUGGACAUGAAGUUCAGUGACCACGUGGGUGUGGAAAUCCUCUCCUCCUUGUUCGGCACCCUCCAUCCUGGCUACUACGGAGUCAAACGGAGCGACUUUCCCUAUGAACGCCGGCCUGAGUCCCAAGCCUACAUUCCUGAGGAUGAGGGGGACUUUUACUACACUGGAGCCUUAUUUGGGGGGUCAGUGCCAGAGGUUCACAGGCUCACCAAGGCCUGUCACCAGGCGAUAAUGAUUGACCAAGCCAGUGACAUCGAGGCCAUGUGGAAGGAUGAGACCUACUUGAACAAGUACCUGCUGCACCACAAACCCACCAAGGUCCUGUCCCCUGAGUACAUGUGGGAUAAGCAGCUGCUCUUUUUGCCCGUGGUCAUGCAGAAAGUGACAUGAUGAUCUGUGGCUGCUCCGAAGAAUCACCAAGCAAUCGGCAGCCAAUGA